AUGGAUCUCGAUUGGUUCGUAAAAGAAGUGACCGAGUUAUCCGAAAGACUUCAAAUCGCCGUCGAUAAAUUGCCACAAAAAGACGAAAAGUCGAAAGACAGAAAGUUCGUCCCAGUCUUACAUCGAGGCCAAGAAGAGAAACCUGCGCUAGAAUCAGAAACUUACUCGCUUGAAGAGCAUCAAAGCAUCCUUUAUAAAUCCCUGAAUGGAAGUGCUGAAGUAACUCCUGAUAAAGAAAGUUUGAAAAGUACAAGGGCGAAAUGGACACAAUCAAGUUCGCCGGUUAUCAUCGCCAAGGAUACGCAAGAUGUCAAACAACCUAAUACAGCUUUUGAAAUUCCAAUAACACCACCAGCAAAAACGAAGCCAAAGCCAAAUCUGCGCGCGACUUCUGCUCGUCAAAAACGCGACCGCAUACGAUCCAUAAGUCCAAGUUCCGAUGGAAUCGAGCAAGACGAAAACAGGCCUCCGGAUCAGCUAAAAGGCGCAGCUUUUGAAAUACCCCUUUCGCCGACUAAAGACAAGAAGACACUAUCGUCGAAGCAACGAGAUACCUUUGCGAUGAAGCAGCUUGAGCGAGAGCAAGAAAUCCGCAAGAAGCGAUUUCAGCGAGAAGAACAGAAACGACUUGAAGUGCGAAGACGAGCCGCAGAGGUUAGUAAAAUGAAAAUCGAAGCGAUCCGCAAAAAGUCGGAAGAAAAAAGCGCCAAAACAGCUGUUACUAAAACUCCACCAAAAAAGGCGAGAGCUUCAUCGGUAACCAGAAGGUCGCCGGUUCAGGCGAAAAUUAUUAAAUAUCCAACUACCUGUAGUAAGAGGUCUCUCAAAAAGGAUGAGCUGAAAAACGAAUCCAAGCAGCAUGAAAGCGAGCGAAGAAAAAUUAUUCUUGAAAAUCACAAGGCGAAAAAAGGAAUUCCAAGUCCUACAUCAAAAUCUCCAUCGAUCAAUAAAAGCUUUACCAAGAAAGAUUUUGAAUCAGAAAUAUUGAGAAAGCGUUACGGUAGCGCCGUAAACUUGAGCGAAUCGCCAUCGAGAAUGUCUCGAAGCAAAAGCACAACGCUUUAUGAUGGUCGAUCUACGACAAACUGGGAUACGAUGAGCUGCGUCUCGCAGAUUACUACCACACGAGUUUUCAAGGAGCCAACAACCAAAUCAAACAAACAACUGAUGGAAAUGGCGCUCAAGUUUCACGCGCUUCCUGGACCGGUGAAUAAAAACGAGCGCCUGAAAGCACUGGACUCAAUGAAUAACUCUGGCGCAAAUCACUACAUGGCGCUUUACAAAGAAAAAGCCUACCGCGGUCUUUACGAAGUCCACCAAGUCGACGAGCUUAUGAGGAUAUCGAAAAUUCAUGGCACAGGUCCCAAAGAAGUGACAGAAACGAUGAUCUCCGAGCUUCUAAAAUUCAACAGCGGUGCGAAAAAUUUCCAACUCGUGGAUGGCAAGACGUUGAGCCCGGCAAUUGACGGUUUUCGUCUCAAUCCGAAUUGCUGGCUUAGCAAACGACCACUAACACCGUCAAUCGGCUGGAGCCUUCCCCGUGGCGUCGAUCUCGGACAACUCUUCUCGGACUUGAUAUCUUUAGCACCUUUUAUAGGAAGAUUUCAAUGCUCCUAG